AGGAAAAAAACACUUAGUCUUCUGCUCUGUCUUGCGUGUUUUCCGCCCCCCGGCGCUCUUGGCGCAAACCCUUGGGAGGCAGAGUCCAACCAUGGCGUGCGCGCUGCUGCCUGCAGGUUUGGCCGCGGCCCUACCGUCUCCUCGCCGGAGCGCCGCCGCCUCGAAGGGACAGUCGAACCAAGUCGCGUGCAGGGACCAGCUUCACUGGAAGCUGCCUUUAAUCCUACAUCUGAUUUCAUUUGAGCCCCACAGAUCCUGGAGCCUUGUUGGCCGCUGCACAUGUUCAGGUUCGUCGACAGGAGCAGCUAUGUCAAGGAGAUCUGCAGAUGCUAGACAGCUGAAUCAGGUCGCGUGCACGAACCAGCUUCACUGGAAGCUGCCUUUAAGUGAAUCCCACAGAUCCUGGAGCCUUGUUGGCUGCUGCACAUGUUCAGGUUCGUCGACAGGAGCAGCUAUUUCAAGGAGAUCUGCAGAUGCUAUGCACGCAUUGUUUGGUGUUGGUGCCAUUGAGAUUGAUGGUGACGAUGUUGUUACUCCAAAAGGUGGCAAGAUUAUCGUAAAAUGGCAAGGCGAGCCAGAUCAUGCAACUUGUGCUUUGCUUGCUGGCUGGCGAGUGAACUAGUGUUGACAUUGAUGUCAAUUACUCCUUGUUUAUGUGUUUUCGCCAACUGUGGACUUCAAUGCAAUGGAAUCUUUCAACGAAAGUAACAUGCUGAAGAUGACUUUCUUGUGUUGCCCAUUGUCUAUGUAUGUUUAAUUUCCUGGUUGGUUCAUUUCGGAAAUG